AUGGCUUCCCGAAGCAGCUCAGGAGAGGAGAAGCCGAAGCGCCAGCAAAAGAAGCCCGUCCAGCAGCAGACCUACGAGUCUGAAGAAGAGUCCGAGGAAGAGUAUGCGCCUCCACCACGGAGACGCGGCCAGCGCCAGCAAAAGGGAGGCGGUGGUCCCCUAGACAACCUCGCCCUCGACAGCGUCCAGAACACGGCAGGCGGCCUCGUCAACGGCGCAACCGGAGCCCUGGGCGGCAUCGCCGGCAACGCCGUCGACCAGAAGGGCGGCGGCGGAAGCGGCAAGAGUGACACGCUCCGCCUGCGGCUCGACCUCAACCUUGACAUUGAGAUCACGCUCAAGGCCAAGAUCCAUGGUGAUCUGGAACUCGCUCUCUUGUAA